UUUGUUUUUUCCAUUUUUUAAUUUAACUACACUUUGAACUACAUCGUUUGUAUAAAAAGUGCUCCAUAAAUACUGUAAGGUAUUAUUAUGUAGGUCUAUAUAGGACCGUGAUAAUGAACUUGAUUCUGAGUUCCUCUGGCAUACUGUUUGUUGUUUCCUUUCUAGAGCCCUGAAGUAGUCAAUACAGAAUAAAUAAUCACCUAGGAUCCAAUAGCAGUUGCCAUAGAGUGGCCAAGUGCUGUGUGACAGGACCUGACUUAGCUCUGAGGACCUCUGCUUCAAGGAGCCUGGUGGUGCUCAAUAUCGGAUUCCAAUGUAGAGGAGCGAUUUUCUCGAAUCCCAGAGCCAGUUCAGAGGAGGAUUAUUUUCUGGUCGUUUCCCAGAAAUGAACGCGAAAUCUGCAUGUACUCAUCACUCAGCUAUCAGUGUCAGGAAGGAGAGAAGGACGGUGAAGUUCCUUUCAACAAAGGGCUGAGGUUAUUGGAAACGGGAGCCAUAGAACGUGUACUGCAAGUAGGGUUUCAUUUGAGUGGAACUGUGACGGAACUGGCCAGUCAGGGUGAGCCUGAGAAAAUAUACAAAGUUGCUAUCAGCUUUGACCGUUGCAAAAUUACUUCUGUGACAUGUGGGUGCGGUAACAAGGACAUCUUCUACUGUGGCCACGUAGUGGCACUCUCCCUCUACCGCAUCCGGAAAGCCCAGCAGGUGGAAUUGCGCCUCCCCAUUUCUGAAACUUUAUCGCAAAUGAAUCGGGAUCAACUACAGAAAUUUGUGCAGUAUCUUAUCACAGCCCACCACACGGAGGUUCUUCCCACUGCCCAGAAACUGGCCGACGAAAUUCUAUCUUCAUGUUCUGAAAUUAAUCAAGUUCAUGGUGCUCCUGAUCCCACAGCAGGUGCAAGCAUAGACGAUGAAAACUGCUGGCAUCUUGAUGAAGAGCAGGUACAGGAGCAGGUGAAAGUGUUGUUAUCUAUCAGUGGUUACUAUGGAGCUAGCAAGCAACUCCAUUCCAUGUUUGCUAAGGUGCGGGAGAUGCUCAGAAUGCGGGAUUCCAAUGGGGCUCGGAUGUUGACACUAAUGACAGAGCAGUUCAUGGAAGACCCACGCCUCUCGCUGUGGCGACAACAGGGGACAGGGAUGACUGACAAAUGCAGAGAGCUGUGGGAUGAGCUAGGUGCUCUCUGGGUAUGUGUAGUACUGAAUCCUCAUUGUAAGCAGGAGGAGAAAGCUGGCUGGGUUGAGCUUCUCAAGAAGUGGAACAACAUGGAUGUCUGCCCACAAGAAGAUGGUAACUAUGGCAAUCAUAUCAACGAAAUACCUAGUAUCACAGCUGGCAUACAGCACAACUCAAAUCGAAACCAAGUUGGAUCGCGGAGAACUGUUUUUGUGCGUGCAAUAGAAGCUUGUGGCCUGGACUGGAAAGACUGUCAUUUGCGCAAAAUUAUCAGCAGUGACAAUUAUACCAACCAGUGGCACGAUGGAGACCGAUCGCUGUUUGAUUCUCAGGGACGGCCUCUUUGGCUGGAGCACGUACCAACUGCUUGUGCCAGAGUUGAUGCAUUGAGGUCGCAUGGAUAUCCCAGAGAAUCUCUUCGCCUGGCUGUGGCAAUUGUCAAUACUGUCCGAUUACAGAAAAGACGCCAGUUAGAAACAUACAAGCACCAGAAGAAAGAGCUAUUACAGAAAAGUGUAACCACCAUUGCAAAUCAGGAAGGUUGGGUCGGGCAUCCUCUCGAUCCGAUUGGGUGUCUAUGCAGAACAUUGCUCGAGGCUUGCAAGAUGGAUGAUGAGAGCUCAGUGUUAUUCACAGAUUCGAUAAAUGAUAUUCGCAAGCCAAUCUAUCAGCACUUUCCAGUUCCAGGCAGCAGCAACACCGGGGAGUCUUAUUAUGCACUUGCACUUGAAGUGGCACUAAUAGGAUUAGGGCAGCAGCGGCUAAUGCCAGAAGGUCUGUACGCUCAGGACAAAGUGUGUCGGAAUGAAGAACAGCUUGUAUCGAUGCUGUCACAAAUGGAAUUUGACGAACGGCUCGUUCAAGUAUUGCGAAAGCAAGCUGUUUUAUUACUGGAAGGAGGUCCGUUUAGUGGCCUGGGAGAAGUUGUCCACAGGGAGAGUGUACCCAUGCACACUUUUGCAAGAUACCUGUUCAAAGCACUCCUGCUUCAUGACCCUGAUUUGGCAUACAAGGUGUCUUUAAGAGCAAUGAGAUUGCCAGUGCUGGAAUCGAUGGCCCCAGCCGGCGAUGGUUCUCACCCACAUCUGGUCGCGUUGGUAGAUCCUAGUCGUUACCCACGUUGGUUCAUCCUCGGGCACCUUGAAACACAGCAGUGUGAGCUGGCAUCCACUAUGCUAACAGCUGCAAAAGGAGACCCAAAGUGGCUGCGAGUGGUGCUGGAAUCCAUUCAGCAGAACAUCCAUUCUCCAUCGCUCAUUUACAAGCUGGCACAGGAUGCUUGCAAGACAGCGACACCUCCCAACUGUGCACCUGAUAUUACACUCCUCAAUGUAUCUCUGGAGCUGGGGCUGCAGGUUAUGAGGAUGACUCUGUCGACCAUGAAUUGGCGUCGUCGUGAGAUGGUUCGCUGGCUGGUGAGCUGUGCUACAGAAGUUGGUGUUUGUGCCUUGAUGAACAUAAUGCAGAACUGGUAUUCUCUCUUCACUCCAACCGAGGCUACCACAAUCGUAGCUGCCACAGUGACCUCCCACGCCACUGUCUUGCGCCUGAACCUGGACUAUACCCAGCGCGAGGAGCUGGAUAGUUGUGCCCGGACGGUUGCCCUCCAGUGUACAAUGAAAGACCCUCAGAACUGCGCCCUGUCUGCCCUUACUCUGUGUGAGAAGAACCACGUGGCCUUUGAAACAGCAUACCAGAUCGUUCUUGACUCUGCCUCCACGGGUAUGAGCUACUCGCACUUGUUCACCAUCGCUCGGUACAUGGAGCACAGGGGCUUCCCCAUCCGCGCCUACAAAAUGGCCAGCCUGGCUCUGUCCCACCUCAGUGUAACUUACAACCAGGACACCCACCCGGCCAUCACUGACGUGCUGUGGGCCUGUUCCCUGAGCCACUCACUGGGCAAGAAUGAGCUGGCUGCCAUAGUACCGUUGGUCAUUAAGAGCGUGCAGUGUGCCCCCGUGUUGUCGGACAUUCUGCGGAGGUGCACCAUGUCUGCCCCUGGCCUGCCUGGUGUUCCUGGCCGGCGGAAUUCGGGCAAGCUCAUGUCAACGGAAAAGGCCCCCCUUUGCCAGUUGCUCAACGCGACUAUCGACGCCUACAUUAGCACCACCCACUCGCGUCUGACUCACAUCAGCCCCCGCCACUACGGCGAGUUUAUAGAGUUCCUCAGCAAGGCUCGGGAGACAUUCCUGAUGGCUCAGGAUGGACACAUACAAUUCACGCAGUUCAUAGACAACCUCAAACAGACUUACAAAGGCAAGAAGAAGCUCAUGAUGCUGGUUCGAGAGCGUUUUGGCUGAAAUUCAGGAUUGUUCUUUUCCUUCGUCUUCCUUUGUUCUGGUGAACUCCUUUCUAUUAAUAGAGCCAAAAUAACAAAGUCAUUCCAUGUGCACGCUAUUGGUGCAGCCAUAAAUAGGAACUGGUUCUGCCCCGGUCCAAGUCUCAGCAGGGCCUGAGUUUGGAACACUGCCUCUGCACCCUGCCAGGCAGGGCUAGCAGGUGCUGGAGUUAGGAAUCUGGAUGUUGUCUUCAGUGGGGAUCAGACUGGAAUAGGAGUACUAAACUGGCAAGGCGUGAGUUAUCCCAGCUAAGUGUCCCCAAUCAUUUCACAGACCCAAGGUUUCUUUGUGAUAAUGUUCUGUGGGCAGUCCCUGUUUAGCAAUGGUUGUACCUUGUUAUUUUAGUGGGCAAGGGUAAAGUCAUGAACUCUAAGGGUGGUUAAAUGAUGUACAACAGGAUUGUACCCCUCCUUUGAGGGUAUGAUGUGAUGGACUCAUUGAGUGUUAUGUGAUUCUUUACUUUCCUGUAUGACACAAGUUUGGUCAGACCUGUUUGAAACUCCCACUUACUGCCCUAGCCCCACUCUCCACUCCUCCAACACAAACCUUGGUGGGCUAUAGCUAGUAAGCUGCCUGUGUGUUAAUGCUGUUGCUGCUUUGACAGCUCCCAAUCUUGAAACCACCCAGCAAAGACCAGCGCUGGAGAUGAGGCUGAUCUUACACAGGUUCAGUUAAAAAAGAGCUCUUCAGAAAUUAUAGUUCAGAGUUAGAGGGAGGAGUGGAGUUUUGGAUCUGUCUCUCACUCCCGUGUGAUCUAUCUCAAUAGGUGAUGCUGACAUUUGGUGCCAAAAAAUGGGAGUGUUCUAUUCCCAAGCAACACCCUUUCCCAUGGUUUCACUCAUCAGUAUUUUUAAAUGUUCCUCAAGAUUCAACCCUGUUUGCAUUUCGCUUGAAUUUGUUUUUAACAACUGGAACGUCUUUAAGUUGCAUCCUAUCGUAAUGCUUCCUGUUCAAGCUGCGUGAGGGCCAGCAAACCCUUUUCCCAGCCUAACCACCAUUUCCCUCAAGAAGACAUGUUUCCUUUUUUUUAAAAAAAAGUGUUCAUUGUAUAACUUCCAAGUGUGAUCAGUAAGUGAAACGGGCCAGUAACAUAUAACUGAACCAGCAAAUACUGUUCACAAACAGGAUAGUGUCAUGCUGAGAAGUCGUAACUAUUUUUGUUCUUACCCAACUUACUGGUUAAAGGUUUUUUUUCUCAUGUUCUGCCCUCUUCUGAAAAAUGUUUGGAGCAACCUUAAUAUUUUUAAGCAAAAUGAUGCUGUAAAUUUAACUUGCUCUGCUGGAAUACUCUGUCAGAAAAACACUGUGGUAGUUAAAAUGUUUGUGGAGAAAACACCCUUGGUAUUCUUUUCUGUACACUUGGUACAGGGGACCUCUUCCCUUUGUGGUAAUUUUUUUUUUUACAAGUUGACAUCAACCAAAAAAAAAACUUGGAGACCCCAGUGAAUUACCACAUGUAACCUACUAUACCAAAUCUUCUGAUGUAUACCUCCUUCCAAUGCUUUCUCUCUUGUCUCUAUUUCUUGCCAACAAUCUCCUGCCAAACUUGAAUUUUGAAAAGGAAGAAGAUAACUUAAGCCAUUCUGAUCAGGCGAGUGUUUUUUUUUGUAAACCUGUGUGCGCUGUGACUGAGCCCAUUCUCAGGGAAGAAGAAGAUACUUUGUAAAUAGUAUUUUAUUUGUCAAAUUAAUAUGAAAAAAGUUAAAACCUUUAAUUUAUGGAAUAUGUGUAAUAUAGUACUUGAAUUCCUUUUGUGGGCAAGCAAAUUGUCAUCUUUAAAUUUUUUGAUGUAUUGCACAGCUGUAGGGUUAAGCUUAAAACAGCUGCUGGUCAGUUUAAUUGCUCUUGAUUUUUGUACAGUGUAUCCUCAAUUUUUUGUUAAAUAUUUAUUAAAGUUUGUAAAUGGUUUCACUGUUCAGAAAUAACCUAU